AGUCAGUUCGCACACAAAACAAUACGACUGUUCUGCCCUCCCCCAUAGCCCCCAAUCUCUCUCUCUCUCUCAAUCUCUCUCUAUUAUUAUUAAUAAAAACACACACAAAAAGCACACACAAAUCUCUCUCUCUCUCUCUCUCUCAUGGGCUGUACAAGCUCAAAGCUCGACGACCUACCGGCGGUGGCUCUAUGCCGCGACCGCUGCAACUUUCUCAACGACGCAAUCCACCACCGCUACGCACUCGCCGACGCUCAUCUCGCCUACUUUCUCUCUCUCAAAUCAAUCGGCAUCUCUCUCCACCGCUUCUUCCACCUCCGCUUCACCGCCUCGCCGGCGCCGCCGAUUCUCAAUCUUCCGACUCAACGGAAACUCGAUCCGUCACCGCCAGCCUCGCCAAUUCAUCACAUUCACUCUCACUCGAACUCUGUUGGCUCGCAUCUGCAAUUCAAUUCAUCCGACGACGACGUUUCGGACUCCGAGCAUCUUCAUCUUCAUUCCGAGUCAGAUUCUCCGAUUCAUAAUCAUAAUCAUCAGAAUCAUCAUAAUAAUUAUAAUAGUAAUUAUAAUGAUAAUUAUAUUAAUAAUGAUAAUAGUCCGUACGGUCAUCUGAAUUAUAUAGAUCAUGAAACCCUAGCUCAAUACAACAAUAAUGAUACGAGUCAUUUUAUGAAUAUGAAUUAUAUGAGGCGUAAUACGACGCCGUCUGUGUUGUAUGAGCAACGGCCGCCUGUUUCGGAAACUGUUAAAUUUGGGGAUUUUUCGGGUUCUAGUAGUUCAGCUGCUGCUUAUAAUCCUUAUAUGUAUAAUAAUAAUAGUCAGGUUGCUAGUACUAGUUAUUCUAGUUAUGGAAAUAGUAGUUAUGGUGGAUUUUUCGGUUCAUUGCCGCCGGAAAAUGUGAUUCCGGCGGCUGCUACUACUGCAGCUUCGACAUCCAAGCCGCCACCAUCACCUCCGCGAGGUGGUUCGGCUUGGGAUUUUUUGAACCCGUUUGAGACGUUUCAGGAAUAUUAUCCUCCUCCGCAUACUCCGAGUAUGAAUUCGAAGGAGUUGAGGGAGGAGGAAGGGAUUCCGGAUUUGGAGGAUGAGGAUGAGGUGUUGAAGGAAGUACAGGGAAACCAGAAGUUUGUCGAUGAAGGCGGAGGUGGAGGUGGUCCUGGAGGUAGUCGUGUUAGCAGAGAUGAGUAUUUUAAGGCGGCAUUGGAGGAUCAGGUGGAAGGGAAAGGGAAGGAAAGUAGUCAUGAGACGGAGGUGCAUUAUCGGACUAGUAGGGGGAGGGAGUCGAUGGAUGAGGAUCCAGUGGAGUAUGAAGUGCAUAUGAUUGAUAAGAAAGUUGUUGAUAAGGAUGAGGAUAAGUCUGGUGGCCAUCGCCCUGGAUUGAAGACUUUUCGUGAUGAUUCUGAGGUGGUUAGGGAAAUCCAGGUUCAAUUUGAAAGAGCUUCUGAAAUGGGAAAUGAGCUCUCGAAAAUGCUUGAAAUCGGAAAACAUCCGCACAGUCGCAAGCAUGCGGCCUAUCAAGCUGUUUCCUCCAAGAUGUUGAAUGCAAUUGCUCCCUCACUUUCAAUAGUAUCAUCAGAAGCUUCUACGUCUGAAAGUGCUCCUAGCUUAAAUUAUGAUGAUACUGUGGGGUUAAGUUCCACAAAUCUUUCCUCUACUUUGCAGAAGUUAUUGCUCUGGGAAAAGAAAUUGUAUGAGGAAGUUAAGAUAGAGGAGAAAUUGAGGGUACAACAUGAAAGGAAGUCCAGAAAGCUAAAACGUCUGAGUGAAAAGGGUGCUGAGGCUCACAAGAUUGAAACAACUCGAAUUUUAGUUAGGACUCUUUCCACAAAAACUAGAAUCGCAAUUCAAGCUGUUGAUAAGAUAUCUGUGAAGAUAAAUGAGUUGAGAGAUAAUGAAUUGUGGCCACAAUUAAUUGGAUUCAUUCAGGGGUUGACCAGACUCUGGAAAGCUAUGCUUGACUGCCAUCAAAGUCAACUUCAAGCCAUUGGAGCAGCUAGACAAUUAGAUGAUAUUGUAUCCAACAGAUACUCGAGUGAUGCUCAUCUUGAAGCCACAUUGCAGCUUGAACAAGAGCUUCUUAACUGGGUUUUUAGAUUUUCUUGUUGGGUUGCUUCCCAGAAGGGAUAUGUCAAAGCAUUAAACAGCUGGCUUCUGAAGUGUCUUCUGUAUGAACCCGAAGAAACAGCCGAUGGGAUAGCACCUUUCUCUCCUGGUAGAAUGGGAGCACCGCCUGUGUUUGUGAUCUGCAAUCAGUGGUCACAAGCACUAGAUACAAUUUCUGAGAAGGAAGUGAUUGAGACAAUGCGAUACUUCGCGGCAAGUGUGCUACAGCUAUGGGAACGGGAUAAGUCAGAAAUGCGCCAGAGAAUGACAGUGAACAAGGAGACAGAGUUGAAAGUUAAGAACUUGGAGAGGGAAGAUCAGAAGAUACAUAAGGAGAUUCAGGAGUUGGAUAAAAGGAUUGUUUUGGUUUCUGGGGACGCCAACAGCCUCUCUGUAACUGGGCACGUGGUGUAUCAAAGUGAAACUAGCAGCAACACCAGUUUUCAGUUGAGUAUGCAGCGGAUUUUUGAGGCUAUGGAAAAGUUCACUGCUAGCUCGUUGAAGGCUUAUGAGGAGUUGUUGCAGCGUAGUGAAGAUCUUAGGCUUGCCGGAGAGCAGGAUACAUUUUCGUAGGGAUGAUAUCUAUACAUAAAUGUGUUAUCUCGGUUGUAAAUGUGAUUUAAGUGACAUAACAAGGAAUUCCUUUGCAUGCUCGUUGGAGCUUUGAAGUAAAUGAGGGGUUUGAUAAAUUGAAGUGGCAAAAUUUUCUGUUGAAUGACGUGAUGAUAUUUUACUACAUGCUGUCUUCAAAGCUAUACACACUGGUUUGUUGAGUUGCAUCAUUACUUGGAUCUUGUAAACAGUCGUGGAUAAUGGAUAUAUUAUAUGAUGGCCUGAUGGCAAUGGAUUGCAUCUGUAAAUUCUGUUGUUCCAGUCAGUAGGUCUAGUACCACUGGCGAAGAAGAAUCUAUAUACAAGGGAGGAUCGGAUGAUAUUUGUUAUCAUCAUGAGCCAGUUCGCAAGCUGUAGUAGCUUGCACAACUGGUUUGAUGCUAUAUUAUCUUGGCUGCAAAACUGGCCUUGUAAAUGAUGAUAUGGCUGGAAGUUGCUACUUUGAUUACAUACAGAGCCAAAUGAGCCCCUCAAGUAUAACCCAGAGGAUGUGAGACAACCCAUUGAGCUCCCCAUGACAUUGCAGAUGACACAACUGAGGCUGGUGCUGUUUCCGCUUCCUAUUAUUACAAUUGGAAAGGGGAAGCAGCUCUGUUUAUCAAGUGGUCAAGUGCCUCUGUGCUGCGAUUCACAUGAGCAGCAGAGGUAAGUUGUCUAGGAGGAUGCUACAAGUUUUGCAUUAAGAUUAUUUGCUUAGCUGUUUAGUGAUGAAUUUCUAGUCUACACUCAACUGAUAGAACUCAAACAAUGAUAUCUUUGUAUGUUAGGGUAGUUCUCUAUUAAUUUUGUUUCAUAUUCAUUGCACAUAAAUCUAUUUAAUUAAAGUGGACCCUCAAUUGCUUCA